AUGAAGAAUUAUGCACUUUGUGGUCCACCAAGAUUGCUAGUCCCACCUUGCAAAAAUGACAUCCGCAAAAAUUCCAAGAUGGGUGUAUUGCAUGAUUUAAGAAGAAUUUCACAUGACGAACUUUCACGGGCAACUAGUGGAUUUGAGGAGCACAAUAUGCUUGGUUCAGGAAGUUUUGGAUAUGUAUAUAAAGGGAGGCUUUCGGAUGGAAUGGAAGUUGCAACAAAAGUUUUCAAUUUGCAAAUAGAAGGAGCAUUUAGGAGUUUUGACAUUGAAUGUGAAGCUAUGCGUAACAUAGUUCAUCGUAAUCUUGUCAAGGUCAUUACUUGCUGCUCCAAUGUUGACUUCAAAGCCUUGGUGCUUGAUUUCAUGUCUAAUGGAAAUCUUGAGAAAUGGUUACAUUCAAACAGUUGUUUCCUUGAUAUCAUACAAAGGAUCAACAUAAUGGUAGAUGUUGCGGCUGCUCUAGAAUAUCUCCACACUGGACAUCCAACACCUAUAAUUCAUUGUGACCUAAAACCAAGCAAUAUUCUACUAGAUGAAGACAUGGUUGCUCAUGUGGGAGAUUUUGGCAUUGCGAAAUUGUUGGGAGAAGGUGAUGUAGUGAAGCAAACCAUGACUCUUGCAACUAUUAGUUAUAUGGCACCAGAAUUUGGAUCAACGGGAAUUGUUUCUAUAAAAUGUGACAUCUAUAGUUAUGGAAUUGUCCUCAUAGAAACUUUCACUAGGAAAAAGCCAACAGAUGAAAUUUUUGGUGAUGAAAUGACCAUAAGGCAUUGGGUGAAAAGAUUAUUAUCUGAAGGAAUGAUAGACAUUGUGGAUGCUGAUUUAUUAAGAAGAGAGGAUGAGAAUUUUGUUAUUAAAGCAAAUUGUAUUUCUUCUAUCAUGGAGUUAGCUUUGGAUUGUUCAGCUGAGUUGCCAGAAGAAAGAAAAGAUAUGAAGGAUGUUGUGGUUGAGCUAAAAAAGAUCAAACAAAGGUUUCUAAACAUCAUCGAACGAUGAGUAUGCUUGUGGUUAUUAACUUACUCUUGGAUCUCUUUGCAAGUCUCUCAACAGCAGAAGUAGUAGCAGAAGCAGACCCUUCCAACAAUUUCACUCUAUGAUAGCAUUGGGGGAUUAAGUUAUUUCUGUGUUAGACUGAUUAUUUGUCUACUUAGUUGCUUGUGUUAGUUAAUUUUCAUGUUCUUUUAUCUUUUCUUGGGAUUUCAACAUUGUUGUACUUCUAUAUUUGGAUUUUUCCUUGCUUUCUUUUCUGUAAAAUGUGUUUUUACUUUUGUACCAAAAAGGAGUUUUAAGGUAUGCAUUUCAAUUUCAUUUACUUGUUAAAUUAUUUGUUAUCUUGUCAUUGGCGUUAAAAGUUUUUGAGGUAUCGAACCCCAGAAGGUGAGUUAAAGCAAUUGAAUCGUAUUGUAACAUGGCUGACAAGUCAAAGGCGCCAAGCUAAGAACAAGAGAGGCCUCCUAAAACCUAUCCAUGGGUUCCAUGCUGAGCCUUGUAACAUUUGAAACAUUGCUUGGUAGAGAAGCCUAAAUGAUGAGGAAGCUGGUUUACUUUUAGUCAAGUAUAAGAUCACAGUGGUCUUGGUUGAGCUUCCUUGCCUCUUCAGUGCUUAAUCAAGGGGAAAAAAGGGAGAUUAAUAAGAAGAAUGGAACCCAUCAUUCCUUAUUGUCAAUGGGGCUAUCAAAGUUCCACAAAUUUUGCUACUUUUCUAAUGUCAAAGAGCCAUGUUACCAAUAGUAUUGCAUGAAUAUUUCCAAGAAAUGCUGAAUAUAGUGGAAGAAGUGCAAUGGUCUGAGAAGCCUUGGCAAGUUCAUCCAAUGCUCAACUUAAUCUGUACUGAAGCUGGAAGUCUUGAAGAUACACAGUUCAUUGUCAAAGCAAAUUGGCUAUGGAGUUGGCUUUUAAUUGUAAAAAUAUGAAGGAUGCUCAAAAAAUUCUUACUUGUAAAAGUAAACCUG